AUCCUGGUGAACACACAGACACGAGCAACAGAUUGCUACAGCUUCACUCCAUGAAUGAAGUUACCAAAAGUUCCGAGAGUAGAACAUUUGGUGGCAAAACGAUUUCUCUGCAUCAGUAACAUUAUUACAGCUGAAAGAUGCCCAACGGUUCAGAUGAUGCUCGCAAGAAGUUUAUCCUGACCACAACUGGAAACUUCUAUGGGAUAAAGCCUUCAUCUUCCCUGGCUGACAGCCCAGAGCUUAAUAACUUCUUGGAUGAUGGAAAUGAAUUUGUCCUGUCUGUCAGCAGACAUGACAAUAACCUUCACUUGACAAAUAAGAUUGAAGCAUCGGGGGACAGCAGAGACAAGGUGUUGGUGUUCUUCAAACUGCAUCCCACAGUGAUCACAGAAGACAACCUUCACCAAAGCCUCCUUGUGUCAUCCAUGCUGGAGUCUCCCAUCAACACCCUCUAUCAGGCUGUUAGACAAGUCUUUGCCCCUGUAUUGCUGAAGGAUGAGAGGUGGCGUUCAGUAUUUGAUCCUAAGCUGGCAGGCCUGCUGAGUGAGCUGGAGCUUGGCCUGGGCUCAGUGGUCCGCCAGUCUGGAGCACAAUCCUCUGCCAAGAAGGCCCGCACUGAGGAAGAUGUUCUUGGCAUCCUGACUCCCAGUGAUGAGUUCCAGUACUGGGCUGAUCUCUCUGAGUCUGCUGAUAAAAACAGUGUGAGAGAAAAGGCUACACAUUUCACUGAGCAAUUUCAACCCAUACAAAAGGAGUUUGAUGGUCUUGAUGGCUUGUCUAUGCUUGAUGUUGCGGACCUGGUGGAACAGAGCAGAGACAUUCUGGACGAUGUUUGGAGGCAGACUGACUUUGAGCCUUAUCCAGAAACACGCAUGGUCCGACUCAUGGAUGUUAUCGGUGGAGCCCUGGGAAGAUAUGUGCAGAGGAAGCUGAGCGAUCUUAAAAUGUUUGAGGAGUCGUUUGUGUCGGUGAGAGAGAACCUGAGAAUGGGUGUUGCCAUCUGUGAACAGUGGGUCGUGGCCUGUGAGCAUCUGACUGGACAGGUGUGGAAGAGACAUGCUCCCCACCCCUGGAAGGGAAACAAGCACUGCCCGCAAACCCUUCAUUGCCUUGCAAAAAGAUUGGAUGAGGUGGUGACUCUGCGUAUGGUUCAUGAAAAACUGCUGCGUCUGCUACCAGGAGGAAAGCAGCAGGCUCUGAAUUCCAGUCGUGUGUUUGAACCUUUCUCUGGACUCAACCCUCUGCAUUACAACCCCUACACUGAGCCUCUUUGGAGAGCCGCAGUGGCUCAGUUUGAGCGCCUGAUGGCUCCAUCAGAGCAGGAGGUCGCUGGCAGACUAAAGAGCUACAUUGCUGAUGUGCAGGACAACCCGCAACAGCUGUUGCAGGUGUUUCAAAAGCACAAGGAAUUGAUCAGACGCCCCACCAUCAGCAAAGAGCUGCAGUCAGAGAGAGAGACCCUGCUGGCCAGAAUACUGGACUACAACAAGGGCCUGAAGGCUGACUUUGAGAGUCGUUGCCAUGGAGGCCCUGGAGACAAGUCCGGGCCACUUAUUGGCAGGAACCUCCCUGAGGUGGUCAACAAAAUUGUCUGGGUCCGACAGCUCAUACAUAAGGUUGAGGACUCUGUCCGCAUAGCUGAGGCACUGCUUCCCGACCUGUCUGGGUUCAAAGGGUUCCUGCAUUUCUGUGAUGACCUGCUGGACGUUUUGAGGGCAUAUGAACAGGAACAGUUCGAGGACUGGUCAAGAGAUAUACUGUCCGGACUGACUGAUCCAAAGUCAGGGAUCAGUCUCCAGGCCAGUAACCGUGUGAUGGACCUGGACCAUGUGGACGGCAGGCUGAAGAUCCAGUAUUCAGACAGACUAGUGAGUCUGCUCAGGGAGGUCAGGCAGCUCUCUGCCCUGGGCUUUGCCAUCCCAGCCAAGAUACAACAGGCUGCUAAUACAGCAGACAAAUUCUACAGACAAGCCAUUGUACUAAAACAGGUGGCCCAUUUCUACAACACCAUUGACCAGCAGAUGAUUCCCUCUCAGAGACCUAUGAUGCUUGGUCUUGCCCUGGCCUUUGAACAGGUCAUUAAGAAUCCUCGUUCCCAGUCAAAGGACUCAGGUGGUAAACUACAGAUCACCUGGGAUAACCCCAAAGAGUUGGAAGUCUACAUUGCCAAGUUGCAGUCUGCAGCUGAGAAACUCUCAACUGAAAACAGGAAGUUACGCAAAUGGCACACUGACUUCAUUGACAAGGUGGUGACUCUGAUGAAUGUGGACCUGUUGAGAAAUCAGCAGCGGUGGAAGGAUGGCCUUCAGGACCUCCGUACUGGCUUUGCCACUCUGGAGGCUCAGGGCUUCAGGUCUGAUGACAUGCGGGCAUGGCGUCAGCACUGGAACCAUCAGCUAUACAAGGCUCUUGAACACCAGUACCAGACAGGACUGGAAGCUCUGAACAGAAACCUGCCUGAAAUACACGUAGAUCUCACUUUCAAGCAGGGCCGUUUGCAGUUCCGUCCUCCAUUUGAGGAGGUGCGAGCCCGCUAUUUCAGGGAGAUGAAGCGGUUCAUCUCAAUCCCAAACCAAUUCAAAGGGGUCAGUGCCCAGGGGGAGGAGCUUAUCUUCAGCGUCAUGAUUGAUAGAAAUGCCUCUGGGUUCCUCACCAUCUUCAGCAAGGCUGAGGACCUCUUUAGCCGCCUGCAGGCUGUACAACACAAGUUCAAGGAGUGGGUGGUGCUGGGCCAGGUUGAUUUAGAGAAGUUAGUGGAGAAGCAUCUGAACUCCGUGCAAGACUGGGAGAGGAACUUCAAGGCCCUGAAAGCCCGGGGGAAGGAGUCAGAACGUCUUCCCAGUCAGGAAAAGGUAGACUGUAUCACAGUCAACUGUGAGCCAGUAAAAGCCUUUAUCGAUGACAUGAUUCAGAGGCUGUUUGACAUGCUGCUUUUAUCACUCAGGAAGUCCAUACAAGGCCACACACAGGCCAUAGACAGUUUUGUUUCAGAGUCAAUGGAGGUCUUGUCCACUCGACCAGAGAGCAUGGAGGAGAUUGGUGCGGCCAGUGGCACGUACAGCCAGAUAUUAGCCCGCAAACCUGAAAUCCUACCUCAGUUCCAGUGUGCUGAGGAGAAGAACCGCUUGCUGCGAGCAGUGGCUGGGGCUGGCCUGGACUCGCUGUCCUCACUGAGGGCCAAGUGGGACAAACUGGAGCUUGUCAUGGAGAGCCACCAGCUCAUGAUCAAAGAGCAGGUGGAGGUGAUGCGAAGUAAUGCUGCUGGUCGUAUCGCCGCCUACAGGGCAGAUCUGGAGCGGUUUAAGGCCCGGUGGGACCAGCUGAAGCCUAAAGAUGAUAUGCUUGAGACUGGCGACCAUGCUGCCCUUCUUGUGUGCCUCCAGACCAUCAGGGACAAGCAGCAAGAGUUCCAGGAGCUAGAGCUUGUGCGCAGUAAACUGCUUGAGGACUGUGUCUAUUUUGACCUGGAGGCUCCAGAUUUCUCUCUGGCGGAAGAGACAAAAAGAGACAUGGAGGAGUACAGCCAGAUGUGGGGUCUGUAUGAGGCAUGGCAGCAAGGCUUCACAGAAAAGGCCCAGGAGGACUGGAUCUCAUUCAGGAGUAAGAUAUACGUGUUUGAGGAGUUUCUCUUUACAUGGCAGGACAGACUUAGAAAGCUGGAGCAGCCAACUGCCAUGUCUGUUAAACUACAAGGAGAAGUGGAAAAAUACAAGAAUAUGGUUCCUGUCCUGAAGUAUGUGCGUGGGGAGCACCUGUCCCAGGACCAUUGGUUGGACAUGUUCCGUUUGCUUGGCCUUCCAAGAGGGACGACUUUAGAGAGACUCACCUUUAAUGACCUCCUCGGUGUGGCAAAUACCAUUAUAGAAAAGGCCUUGGAGCUGAAGGACCUGAACAGUCGUGCUCAGGCAGAAGUGACGAUCAGAGAAGCACUGAGGGAGCUGGAUUUGUGGGGAGCUGCAGCUACCUUCACCCUCACUGAGUAUACAGACAGCAGCAGGCGCACUCUCACCCUCAUCAAGGACUGGAAGGAUAUAGUCAACCAGGUGGGAGAUAACCGUUGUCUGCUGCAGUCUCUGAAAGACUCUCCCUACUACAACAGCUUCCAAGACAAGGUCAGUCUGUGGGAGGUUCGUCUAUCAGACUUAGACGAGUACCUUUUGAGUCUGAAUGCCAUCCAGAGGCGUUGGGUUUAUCUGGAGCCUAUAUUUGGACGAGGGGCAUUGCCGCGGGAGGAGGCCCGCUUCAAACGGGUAGAUGAAGACUUCAGGUCUAUAAUGUCAGACAUUCAGAGAGACAACAGAGUUGUUUCUCUGAGCUCAAGGGCCGGCAUCAGAAACUCCCUGGUCACCAUACUGGAUCAGCUGCAGCGCUGCCAAAAGUCACUCAAUGAGUUCCUCGAGGAGAAACGCUCUGCCUUUCCACGGUUCUAUUUCAUAGGAGAUGAUGAUCUGUUAGAGAUUCUUGGUCAGGCAACCAACCCAACUGUCAUUCAAUCACACCUCAAGAAACUCUUUGCAGGCAUCCACAGUGUUGUUUUUGAUGAGCAGUGUCAGCACAUUGUCGCCAUGUGUUCUUUGGAGGGAGAAGUAGUGUUGCUCAGAAAACACAUACGCAUCUCAAGCUUUGUGGAGGUGUGGCUGAGUGAGCUCUCUGUAGAAAUGAAGGAGACUCUGAAGCACAUGCUGUAUGAAUGUUUGUCAGCGGGGAAGAAAGGGGAGGUGGAUCCCUCACGCUUCCCAUCACAGAUUUUGUGUCUGGCUGAGCAAAUCCAGUUUACUGAAGACGUGGAAAGAGCUCUAAAAAUGCAAAGUUUGCAGCAGCUGGAGCUGGAGCUCAAUACCAAACUAGAACACUACACUACGGUGGACACCAGCUCUGAGGAUCAAGCUAACACAGAGUCCAGUGUCCUGCAGCUGAAGCUGAAGGCCUUGAUCCUGGACAUUAUCCACAACAUUAGUGUGGUGAAGCAACUUAACCAGGCAGGAGUUACCAGCCCUGAUGCCUGGGCCUGGAAGAAGCAGCUCCGCUUCUACAUGGGAACAGAUAAAUGCUGCCUCAUACAAAUGGUGGAUGCACAAUUCAGCUAUACAUAUGAAUACCAGGGGAACGCAGCUAAGCUGGUGCACACUCCACUGACUGAUAAGUGCUACCUGACUCUGACCCAGGCCAUGAAGAUGGGGCUUGGGGGGAACCCCUAUGGGCCCGCUGGUACAGGCAAGACAGAGUCGGUCAAAGCCCUGGGGGGGCUGUUUGGACGCCAGGUGUUGGUGUUCAACUGUGAUGAGGGUAUCGACGUGAAGUCUAUGGGACGAAUCUUUGUGGGCUUGGUGAAGUGUGGAGCAUGGGGCUGCUUUGAUGAGUUUAACCGCUUGGAGGAGGCAGUGUUAUCUGCAGUUUCCAUGCAGAUUCAGGCCAUUCAAGACUCCCUUAAACAUCACAAGAACACAUGUGAUCUGCUGGGGAAGGAGGUGGAAUUGGACCCGAACUCUGGGGUGUUCAUCACAUUGAACCCUGCCGGGAAAGGGUACGGAGGCAGACAGAAGCUUCCAGACAACCUAAAGCAGCUGUUCAGGCCUGUGGCCAUGAGCAGACCUGACAAUGAGCUCAUUGCUGAGGUCAUCCUCUACUCUGAGGGCUUUAAAAAUGGAGAAAUACUGGGCCGCAAACUGGUUGCAAUCUUCAACCUGGCCAGGGAGCUGUUGACUCCGCAGCAGCACUAUGACUGGGGUUUGCGUGCUCUGAAGACAGUGCUGAAGGCCUGUGGCAGUCUCCUGCAGCAACAGAGGAGGAGUCAUGACAAGGACACAAUUCAGGAGAGUAGUCUGGUGGUGCAGGCAUUGAGACUGAACACCAUGUCCAAGCUGACGUUUGCCGAUAGCUCCCGGUUUGAUGCUCUGGUCAGAGAUGUCUUCUCUGGGGUUAAUUUCACCGAUGUGGAGGACCAGAUUCUAAUGCAUGCACUGGAACAAGUCUACAAGGAAGCGCGACUUGAACUUAUACCCAGCCAGCUGAAGAAGGCACUGGAGCUGAAUGAACAGCUGAGACAACGGAUGGGAGUAGUCAUCGUAGGGCCAAGUGGAGCGGGGAAGUCUACACUCUGGAGGAUGCUUAGGGCUGCUCUCAGCAAGACAGGCAAAGUGGUAAAGCAGUACACAAUGAAUCCUAAGGCCAUGCCCAGACAACAGCUGCUGGGACAUAUAGACAUGGACACCAGAGAAUGGGCUGAUGGCGUCCUCACACAUAGUGCCAGGAAUGUGGUCAGAGAACCACAGGAGGUAAGCUCUUGGAUUGUGUGUGACGGCGACAUCGACCCAGAGUGGAUUGAGAGUCUGAACUCUGUUCUUGAUGAUAAUCGGCUGUUAACCAUGCCUAGUGGAGAACGCAUCCAAUUCGGACCCAAUGUUAACUUCCUGUUUGAGACUCACGACCUUAGCUGUGCCUCACCAGCCACUAUAUCCCGCAUGGGCAUGAUUUUUCUCAGUGAUGAGGACAUUGACGUGGGUGCUUUGUUGAAGUCGUGGUUGAGGGGUCAGCCAGAGGGGUGUGGCAGUAACCUAGAAAACUGGCUGGGAGACUACUUCCAACGAGCCCUGGACUGGGUCCUCAAACAGAAUGACUUUGUGGUGGAGACUAGUCUGGUGGGUACAGUGUUCAAUGGUUUGUCACACCUCAACGCUGUGACAGAGAGAGGUCAAUUCAUCAUUGGUCUUCUUAGAGGUUUGGGAGGAAACCUCAACCUCAAAACACGACAGGAGUUUGCCAAAGAGUUGCUGAGCUGGGCCAGGGAAAGCCCACCAGACACCAAAAAACCACUAGAUACCUACUAUGACUCUGACAAUGGCCAACUAGCAGCCUAUACAUUCCAGCGUCCCGAGGGUCUCACACUGGAACAGCUCUCUCAUACGCACACACUGCCUGUUAUUGAGACUCCAGACAUGCAGAGAGGCCUGCACUACUUCUCCCCCUGGCUCACGACUCAGCACAGGCAGCCCUUCAUGGUGGUAGGGCCAGAGGGCUGCGGAAAGGGGUAA